AUGGCGGGCUUCUCCUCUUCACAUACAUGGGAGUCUCUUAGACCUAGAAAGGAUGAGCAAGAUUGGGCUGAUGUUGUCUGGUUUAAGGGUGCUGUUCCUAAGCAUGCUUUUAACAUGUGGCUGAGCCACCUCAACAGAUUGCCUACCCGGGAUCGCUUAGCAGGCUGGGGAAUUACGCAAGUGUCUGAUUGCUGCAUCUGCUCAAAUGAAGCAGAAUCUAGAGACCACCUCCUUCUAAACUGUGAUUUUGCAGCUGUUAUAUGGAGAGUAGUCUUCUCAAGGCUUAGCCCCUCGCUGCUUACUUGUCGCUCUUGGGCAGAAAUGCUCUCUUGGACUCGUCGCUGCUCAAGGAAAGCUCCAUCCAUUCUAAGGAAGCUGGCAGCUCACACUACUAUAUUCCACAUAUGGAAGCAGAGAAAUAACGCCUACCACAACUCGCAGUCGAUUCCUCCUUUGACAAUCUUCAAAAGCAUCGAUCGCGAAAUCAGAAACACCAUCACCUCAAGAAGUCAUCUAAAACGGUUUGAGAGACUCAUGAGUCUUUGGAUCCGUUGA